AUGACAGGCAAGGAGGGCGUCGCGCUUUCAGAUAAUGAAAAUAAACAGAAAAUAGCUUCCCAAACCAGCGUGAGCCACGAGGGAUCCCAUCACACUCCUCCGGUCUGGAAGAUGGCCCCCGCCGUGCAGCGGCGCACCGGCUUUGGGAUCCAGGAGCUGCUGGGCCUCAACAAGGAGCCUCCGGCGGCGGCCCCCCAGCGGCGGCCGCUGGAGGCCCUGCCCCACCGGGCGCACGUGCUGGCCGCCCGGUCCGCGCUGGGACACGCGGGGCUCGGGGUCGGGAUGGGUCUGCUGGGGCCGGAGGGAAUACACUCGUUUUACAGCCAGCCCGCCUUCCUGGAGGUGCUGUCAGAGGCGCAGAACGCGCACCUGCAGCCGCUGCACAGGGCGGUGCGCCUGGACGCGCAAAUGGACGCGCAGCACUCCGGAGCCAGCUCCGAUUCCGAUGAUCUGAGCUCUGGUGACCAAAAAUUCUCCACAUCAGCGAUGAGUCAGAGCAAGAAAAGAAAAAAAAGGCGGCACAGAACCAUUUUCACGUCCUAUCAGCUGGAGGAGUUGGAGAAAGCCUUCAAUGAAGCUCACUAUCCAGAUGUGUAUGCCAGAGAGAUGCUGUCCAUGAAGACUGAGCUGCCUGAGGACAGAAUACAGGUGUGGUUUCAAAACCGCAGGGCCAAGUGGAGGAAGAGGGAGAAGUGUUGGGGCCGCAGCAGUGUGAUGGCAGAAUACGGCUUGUAUGGGGCCAUGGUCCGCCACUCCAUCCCGCUGCCAGAGUCCAUCCUCAAGUCAGCAAAGGAUGGCAUCACAGAGUCUUAUGCUCCGUGGUUACUGGGUAUGCACAAGAAAUCAGUGGAAACUACUCACACCUCUCCGGGAAAGCCCAGCGGCCUCCCGCCGCCGCCAGCGCAGGAGAAGAUGGGGGACCAAACAAUGGAGGAGGAGAAACAGCGACAAAGUAAAGACAGUAGUUCAUCCAUUUCUAAAGAGGAACUUAGGGAAAACAGUAUAGCUGUGCUGCGAGCAAAGGCGCUGGAGCACAGCGCCAAAAUGCUCGGGACCGUUUUGGAAAGAGCACACAGCACCUCGAGACAGAGAGGGGAGGCUGAGGAUCAGGGGACGGAUGAGGAGACGGCAGAUGGGGAGAAGAGCAACUGAAAAAGGAUGCAGACUGAUAGAGAAAGAGCUGCAGAGGGGAGUGUGUAACAGCUCCCACAGGCAGCUGGAUGAAGCGCGGCUGGUUGCGUAUGUCACCAACAAACUGACAACCUCCUGCUGUAUCUCUAACCUGCUCCUGGGACUUACCUGCCAGGUAACAUCUGCUAUUUGAGUCCCAUGACGGAGGCUCAUUAAUUCAAAUAAUUACAAUUCUGCUCCUUGAAACUUUUGAAUCUGAUCUCCUCAUGUCAGGAGGCUGAGCAGAAAUGUCUCCCAGACAUCACACAAAGCGGACAUUACACUUCUUAUAAAACCAUGGUUCAAUUUAUAGAUCCUCUGAGAUGGCAGCUUUUUUUUAAUGCAGAGAAAAACUAUAUCAGUCUGUUAACAAAUAUGGAGCUUUCUAUGACUUUCAACCUCUGGAUGAUGACAAGUCUCAGUUGUACUACUACAAACGGUUAGUACCAAACUCUGAUCAAAUAUGAAUGGAGAAGCGUACACACUAGAAGUGUCCAGUUGUUAAUAAUGUUCUGUGAUGUAAAGUUAACAUCAGUUAUUUGUUUGUCUCUGUAUAAAUGUAACUGUA